GUUAUACACGACAGUUUGACCAGGAAGUAAGGACGGGGAAUAGACAUGUUUAUAUAUUAACACAGAAUAUUAUUUGAUUCUAAAUAAUGCAACAAUCUGGUGGAUUAAGACGCCCUGAACGUUUGUCAACAUGUUGUUCAUAUUACUGACAAUCAUAUCAUCGGCAGAUGCUGUGACACUGACUGGGUCGUCUGAGUACGCUGUCCCCGGGAGUGACUUUACUCUGACGUGUGACGUACCAGAUGAGGCCAAUGCUGUUACAUUUCACCGCCGUCCUGACGUGUCUACUUCAGUAGGUAGUGUACAAGUAGCUGGCAGUCAAUGUUACAACACCAAAGACAACCCAGCCGUCCUCUGUACACCGAAUGUCUGUUCCUGUGUUACCACGUCGACUGGAGGCCGCGGUACAGUGUUUCGGUGGGUCAUACAGCCACAGGCGGGCUAUCAUGGAUCUGUGUGGUUCUGUAGACGUACCAACCUUAACCUGACUGACCAAGAACUGGACAGUCAGAACUACACUCUAAAUGUGGCAGCUGGUCCCUAUCCCUGUCCCCAGCGGACACUACCUACAACAGGACUGAGAGGGACACGUUAUCGGACAUCACCUGUACAGCUGACUGUAGACCUGACUGUACCUUUGUCUGGACAAAACCUGACGACACCAACUUAACUGCCUCCGCUGUGUUGUCACUGGGACAACUGAACAGGUCAGAACACGGGACAUACAGAUGUACGGCUAGAAAUAUUAUCGGCGAGGCAUCUUUAACAGUCAGUGUUACUGUAGUGUAUGGACCUGGGAACAGUGUUGUGUUACAACCCCAAUCAAAAGUAGUGGAUAUUGUUGAAAAUCAGACUACCCAAUAUCAACUGCUCUGCUGACUGUAGACCGUCAUGUAGCUACACCUGGUUUAAAUCAGACAAAAACUUCUCUAACCCGUUGAGACUGUCUGUGGCCACGAGGGACAACGCCGGGCAGUACACGUGCACAGCCAGCAAUACUGUCAGCGGUAAAACGGAGAUGUGGAGCCUCAUUGUUAGAUUUCCGCCUCGAAUUAUCAGUCUUAAUUACACAAAAGGGGGCGCUGAUGUCACUGAGAAGGGACCUAAAGCACUGAUCUGUGCUGUAGAGAGUUUCCCUCCGUCUACAAUAAAGUGGUAUUUCAAAGCCAACAACAGUCUUCUUUCCACCGACCGGGACGUACUAGAGAGUACUUAUAACCUGACAACUGCUGGCUGUCUUGACACGGGACUGUACACCUGUUUUGCCAAUAACAAUGUCUCGGACAGAGCAGUAACUAUGGACAUAGGAAUCAAUGUUUUGUGUAAACCACGUCCGGACCCAAGAGCUGAAGUUGAUGAUACGUUUGGUUUAGGAAUAUCGGAAACGUUAGUUAUCAAUGCUAUGUUUCUCUCGAAUCCGGAGCCUUCUAUCACUUGGACAUUCCUAAAACCAACAGAAAUGGAUUCAACAAAUCUGUUUAAUGGGAAAGACAAUUUCAAGAUAUAUACUACCUUCGAAACGACGAACCUGUCUUCGAUGUCAGUUGGUACACGUACAGAUAUGCAAGAGACAUGGUUCGGAGUGUACUCUGUCACGGCAACAAACAGUCAGGGAAGCGAAAAUCUGCGUUUUACAGCUGUAGCAAAAGGAAAACCAAGUCCUCCGUACGGGGGUACAGCUGUUUGCCCUGAUGUAGAUCAAGCCACUCUGAGCUGGACAUCUGGAUUCAAUGGGGGAUCUAGUCAAACGUUCAUUGUUGGCAUACGAAACGAUAUGCGGAGCAGCAUUACGAUCGAUAGAAGUACCAACCAAACGGACCCGGGACAAGGCCAUUUUGUUACCACCACAGUGUAUGGCCUGAAAGCUGAAACAGAGCAUGUCUUCACAGUGUAUGCUGUAAAUGAGAUUGGCAACUCAUCAUUUCCAGAAGAAGUUAAUUGUACAACUAAAGCAAAACCUCAAGGAAGUCCGUUGGGAGCUAUUUUUGGCGGAUUGGCAGGAACAGCAGUUGGACUGAGUUUGCUCGUUUCCGUCGUUAUAAUCAAGAGAAAGACAUCUGAGAACAAACGUAAAGGCGCUGAUGAAGAGAUGAUAUCAGUUGAUCAGAGAAGAUCUAUUGACGAGGAGAGUUCAGAUGGCAUGAAACCCAAUAUUCUAUAUGAGUCAGCAGGGCUAAAACCUAACGUUCUGUAUGAGUCUUCGGGUCCACUACCAGGGAGUUCGUCUGAAUAUGCUGUGGUUGAGAAAUCUUCCAAGAAAAAAUCUGUAUCACCAGAUGAUGUAUAUGCUGUUGUGGACAAAUCAAAGAAACCAGAAACUACGGAUGACGUGUAUGCAGAAGUUGUCAAACCUAAAAUAAAGAAAGGCAAAGAGAAAAAAAAGCAAGGCAACGUAAAGCAAAAAGGUGGCUUUGGGAAAAGUGAAGGAAAUGACGUCUAUGCCAAUUGCAAGGGAGGAGAAAAAAAGGUUCCGGAGGCAGGACUUAAUCGUCAAAAGAAUCAAGAUGGUCUCAUCUACUUGGAUGUGGAGUUCAAAGGAGAGCAGGAGAAAGGCAUGUUUACGGUUAUCCAUGGCGUCGAAAACAGAUCAGAUUAUGCAGAUGUCGAUUUCACCAAGCAUGCCGAACCCUUACCACAGGAGAACGAGCAACCAACGGGGGAUGUUAACGUUAAGUAAAAGUAAAUAUCUCCCAAAUAUUUACAUUUACAUUUAUGGUUCUCAAAAUUAUUGUAGUAAACCUGAAAGAGGUUAUCGUUUUUUUUAAGAUUAAAAAGACUAUAGCAGAUAUAAUGCAAGUUUCUCUGCAAUGUUAACUACGGGAUGAAUCAAAAUAAGACACAAUGAAACAGUAUGGUAUAUUACUAUUUAGGACUGUGAUCAUGAGAUGACAAGGAAUCUCAUAUUGCAGCAUGAUAACAGUAACAGAAAAUUCACCUAACAUGAGAAAAACAUAUGCAUUCGCGUUCAUGACAUCUUGGCAAAAUAUGAUGUUUUGCUUUUGAUAGUUUUUUUCAAAUAUUCAGGUUUAAGAAUACUGAAAGUUUUAAAACAUUUGACAUCUGAGACCUAUAUCAGACUGAAUGGGUAAUCAUCUCGGCAUGUUACAGAUCAACUGUUCUGACUCUAGACCCAGUACAACUUGAGUAGUUCUUAGAAAUUCGUAACCAAAACUAGCGCAUGAAAAACCCAAAUGUUGUCGUUUGACACAGACUUUCCACGAAAACAGUUGUUGAACUACAUACUAUCUCAAAAGAUGCAACUGAUUGCUUCAUCGAUACGUAAUUACUAUUUCAACAGUCGUUUGGAUUUCCAACAUUUUUUACCCUAACACAACCAAUGGUACCUAAAAGCACGCAAUAGCUGUAUGAUGCAGUGUUAUUCAUUGUUUGUGUUUGGUAUAGAUUACCAAAGUUUAAAAGUGCGAUUACCUGUUUGUGUGUUACGUUCGUCUUUCAAAUAUCACGUCAUGACAAUAUAAUUGUUUUAAAAACUAAUUGAAAAUUAGUACUUCUUCUGAUUAUGAUCUACAAUUUAUCUGAGAUAUAAUAAACAAAUCUGUUACCAUUAAGUUAUAGCAGAAGAAUAAUGAGAAGAUGAAUAAUAUUAAUAUAGCAACAAUACUACUGUAAACCGGGAAGUUAUCGCCGAGUUAGGAUCUCGCCGUUCCCCCAAAAGCUACGGAGGGCGAAAUAGGCGAAAAUCAAACUGCAGCAAAAAUUGCAGUAUGUCUUUCAUCAUUUGUUGAAAUGUCCUAUAAAAGAGAAUUGAUCUGUAUCACCGAAUAUACCACUCAUAAUUUUCUUAAUCCGGUUCUGUAGUCUAUCCAUCGUCACACCUCCGUAUAAGACCUUUUUAGGUACAAGGACGUUGAAUUUUAAAAAAGAAAAGAAAUAUUGGGAAUGAAAGAAAACCAUUUACACGACGCUGCAAUCGAAUAGUAUCGUCUGAAUCUUAUGUAUUGCAUUUUAGAGCUUAAUUGUCGUUCGUCAACUUUUUCGUUUAUCACAGAAUUUGGUCUGGAACAUCAAUGGCCAAAGGGUUCUCAAUUUUGU